GUUCCUUGGACACGGGUCAUCGAGCAAGAAUAGCGGAUGUCAACCCAAGGAAAUGCUUGCUUUAUCUCCAGUAUUUUCCACUGAUCCGCCGGACGGAACCAACGUUUGCAUGCAAUUGUGCUCAUCUCGGAUCUUGAGGCCUAAGGCUCCGCACUUCCGAAACCUCCAAUGGCUUCGUGCCACACCCCACUACGACCGUCUUUCCGGUGGUGUUUGUGGAGAAACUCUCGGGUGCUCAUUAAGCCUGUGAAGCGUCUUUCUCUCCAUUCGGCGACCGGAACGGUCUGUCUCUAAUCAUCAAACCUUGUACGCUGUCGAGCACUUGAUGGGUGACGAAACGACCCACGCAAUAUCACGCACCUCCACAGCCGAGGCUCUCACUCCACAAGAAUUCAGGCGUGUCGUUUGGCCGUGGUACGUGUGCUCCAGCCCUAUCUUUCUGAGGUCGUCACAGUGGCACUUCUUUGACAGUGGCGUUGCGAGGAACAUGUGAGGUGCUUAGAGGCAGACUAGCGUCACCGGGUAUCUCCUGUCGUGGCGGCACAUUCGUCUUUUCAACGACGAGGACGUGAGCCAAGUUUUCUGGCUGGUAUUCGUGGCUUUCAUGUGCUUAUGCCUGUAAACCAAAGACUCGUAUCUUCUUCAAAC